AUGUUUCCGCUACUGUGGUCUUGCUUCACAGGACCCACGCCCAAUCCACUGCCGCAGGAAGAUAUUAAUGAUUGCGCCCUUGCCACCUCCCUCGCCGUCCUCGCUGUGAGCUGCUGGAAUUGCCAGGAACGCCAUCUGCCUCCGCAAGACUACACCGUGUUGCUCACGAUUGGCUUUGCUAUUGUCCCCUAUGCCUUCUGUGACGUCAAGCUUUCACAUUCACUCAUUCACAUGAAACAACCUCACCGGCAACGACAAUACGAAAGGCAGGUGCUUCACGACUAUUCUUCCGCACGGUCUCAUCUCGUCUUGACUCUUAAGCCGCCAACUUUCUUAUUUUCUUCCUGUUUUACUCACAUUCCCACUACCCUUCUCACAUCUUCGAGAGCACACCAGCAGCCUCAAGUGAUCAACCAGAGAAGGACAGCAGCAGCAGCACCACCACCACUACCACAACAACUCCGCCGCCGCCACUCCACCAUGGCAGCCACCACCAACCUGGCCGCAGUUGCGGAGGCCAAGCGCCUCGAAGGCGAUGGCCGAGUGAUCAACGAGUGGUACUCACUCGAAGAGUACACCACGCGCCGCCUCGGCUUCCUGGGCAAGCACCCUGCCUUUCGGGGCUUGACCCGCCUCCUCCCUGGCAUUAAGAGGGACGGAAAAGAGGUCUUCAAGGGCCAGCAAGAGGUCCUCUCCGCGCAGCAGGUGCGCGCUCGCGAGCUGGCCUGCGAGAUUGACCCGCUGCUCCCAUUGUCCACCGCCACCAACACCCACUCUCUCGACGACUUCCAAGGCUAUCCCGCCGACGAAUGGCACCCUGGCUUCAUUUCGACUCCCAUCUUGCGCGAAGACACUCCUGCCACACCAGAAAUGAGCGCUUCCUCCUCCGCAGAGCCACCACACUAUUCCGCGCAUUCUGGCGUCGCCGCUGUCGGCAAUCGCCCCAUUUCAGUACCAGUCAAGACGCCGCAAAGCCUCAAGCGCGCCGCACCAGCAGAUGGACAUGACGAGGACCGCGACGACAUCCAAUCCAACCACAGCGACUCAACUGAGUCUUCCCCAGCACCAUCUCCAGCCCCAGCCCCAGCUCCAGCACCUCGCAAGCGCGCCAAGACACAGCCCGCUCCUGCUGCAGCUCCCGCUCGCACCACCAAGAAGGUAAACCUCAAGGCCCCAGCAAAGCAGCCCGCUCAACCCUUGCCCCCUACCCUCGAAGUGGACUACGAAAAGAUCAUCAACGGCGAGAACCUCCCAAGAAGCCGAGACCAAGCCAAAGAAGCCUCUCGUCUCCGCCUCUCGAAUCUCAAAUCCAACCUCCCAACCACUCAACAUCCAGACUUCCCCCCAGAGUUCUUCGACCGCCGCAACUUUUCCGCCGCCGAGCAGCAACUCAUCCUCGACGGCGACGGUCCUGUUCGCUGCGUCUGCGGUAACUACAACGCUCCUCGAGGCUGCCAGAUCUGGAUUGGUUGCGAGACUCCUGAGUGUCAUGUUUGGCAGCAUGCGAAGUGCAUGACGGGCGAGGAUAAGGAGCCUAAGAAGGAGACUGGCAAGGAUCUUGAUUAUUACUGUCAGGUUUGCGAUCCGUGGUUUCAUAGGAAGUUGGGGGAGAGGGAGAGAGAGAGGGCAUUUUUGAGCGUUUUUUUUUUCACCGUGGGGUUUAAGCGAUUUUUUUCUUUGGUGAAAGAGGCUGGUCCUCUGGUAAACUGCACUUUUUUUGGUAGACAUGACAUGCAAAACUUGGUUGGUUUCUUGCAUUUUCUCAUUCAGCUCGUUCCAUGUGCUCGUGACCGUAGUGCUCUGGUGGCGAUGGAUAAAGCCGUAAAUGUGAGCUCACGCACGCUUCACAAAGGCUGGACCUGCUGUGUACUUCGCACUUUCAGCUCAUUUCGAGUAGUAAUAACUGAGGUGCUCGGAGAUGCUGUAGAUGUAAGCAGACUUGCAGGUUUACGAUAUCCAAACUCACUCGGACUUCGAUGCAUUUUAGGCUCUAGUCAGUUGCCGGGCCGACGCGUAGAAGCAAACGCGAACAAACGCGAGAACAUGUUACGUAAGUCCGUCUCUCGCUAUUCCUUUCCAUUCUACAUUCAACCCUCGAGCAAGACCAAGUCCAAGAUAGCGACUCUCAGCGGUAUAGCAGGAGACGAUGGCGACGAUCAACCACCGCAGCGACCUACUAUUCCUGGCUCUAAGAUCGCGCUUCCUAUGGACAAGGACGACGAGCAGCUUCUUAGUGGUACACAGAGGUGCAGCAACUGUGGCAAGACCAAGAAUAAGACCGAGUUUUGGGAUGGAUCCCGCGAUGAUAACGGCAAUCCGAAGACCAAGAAGACCUGCAACAAGCACUGGAAGAACCAGGGCUUAGCUGGUGGUACCGAAUCGUAUGCUGAACGACCCUCCACCUCCUCGCCCGCCUUGACAUGGAAUAAAGCGGCGGCAUGCUCAGUACUUCGACGUCACUCCAGAAGGUACUCUACCAGGCGGAAAGCGACCGAGCAGGAAGCUCAGCAGCGCCUUCUUACCCAGAGCCAUGCUCGGGAAGAUCGUGCUAAAAAGCGUCAGCGUACUCGAAAUAGACUAGAAGAACCUGAAGGAGAGUUGGAUACAGCGCCACCAGCAACAGGUACGGCAACCUCGAAUGAUCCACCCACCAUUGCUCCCGCUGCGCCACUAGACUUUGAUUGCGACAAGUGCGAGCACCCACGUAAGAACGACUUACGCACUCAGGAAGGCACCGAUCUCUGCCUGUAUUGCACUACUAAGACUGUCGACUUGAAUCCUCACGAUGAGCGCAAGUGGUGCAUCUCUGGCCGUCACGAUUCAUAUCCUUCUGAUCAACGACGAGUAUUCAGAACACCCCACGUCGCUGCGUUACUCAUGCCCGCAACGCUGGUCCUGUACAACCUCAGCCUGUCCAAGAUGAAGGACAAGAUCUCGUAUAUCUUCGCAGACCUCGAGAGAGGAACAGGCCUCGUUGCGAGGACUGGUGACUGUAGUGCCUAUGUCUCGACUGGGGACUCGUGUACCCUCGACCCACUCGAGACAGCCUAA